UCGCGAGGUGUCGCUGCGCCGGCGGCGGUUGCAUGAGGUCGGAGCGCGAGGCCAGGCCGGGGCUGGCGCGCGGGGGCGGCCGGGAGAAGCGGCCCAUGGAGACCCCGCUCCGGCGGGAGUCCCCGCGCCGGGAGCCCGAGACCCCCCCGCCGCCUCCGGGGCCGCCCCCGCCGCCUCACCCGGCGCUGGGCAGGCAGCGGGAGGAGAAGAGAGCGGCGCUGAGCAAGAUAGUUAUUCGCCGGCUUCCUCCUAGUUUAACCAAGGAGCAACUGGAAGAGCAGCUACAUCCGCUACCUGCCCAUGAUUAUUUUGAAUUUUGCACUGCUGAUCCCAGUCUUUAUCCUCAUCUCUACUCAAGAGCAUACAUUAAUUUUAGAAAUCCUGAUGACAUCCUUCUUUUUAGGGAUCGCUUUGAUGGCUAUGUCUUCAUUGAUAAUAAAGGUUUGGAAUAUCCUGCUGUGGUGGAAUUUGCUCCAUUCCAAAAGAUUUCAAAAAAGAAGCUAAAGAAAAAAGAUGCAAAAGCUGGGAGCAUUGAGGAUGAUCCAGAAUAUAGGAAAUUUUUAGAAAGUUACUGUGCCGAUGAAGAGAAAAUCUGUGCUAAUCCUGAGACUCUGUUGGGAGAGAUUGAGGCAAAAACAAGGGAACUUAUUGCUAGAAGAACAACACCUCUUUUGGAAUAUAUUAAAAAUAGAAAAUUAGAAAAGCAGAGGAUACGUGAAGAAAAAAGGGAAGAACGAAGAAGGAGAGAGUUAGAAAAGAAACGUCUGCGAGAAGAAGAGAAAAGAAAGCGCAGAGAAGAAGAAAGACGUAAAAGAAAAGAAGCAGAGAAGCAAAAGAAAAUUGCUGAAAAAGAAAUAAGAAUCAAGCUUCUUAAAAAGCCUGAAAAGGGAGAUGACCUGGCCAGUGAAAUGAAUAAGGAAAAAGGAGAAGAAGCUGAUAUUGAAGAAAGCAAAUGGGAAAAAUCACCUGGAUCCGGGAGUAUAAAAUCCAAGCCAUUGGAGGGCUCACCAAAGGAACUUAAGGAAAAGUCACAGAAUGAUAGUGAUAAAGAGCAAAUGGAUUUGGAGAGAAGAUUUCGAGAAAAAGACCUUGAAAGACCAAGAUAUCGGUUGGAUGAUGGCAGAAAGCAUAGAGCUCACUAUGAAUUUGACAAGUUUGUGAGAAGGAAUGAAGAAGAGCUGAAAUGGGGGAAAGCAUACAGCCAAGACAGAGGGAAGAAAGGGAACCACAACUACAGCUUCACUGUGGAGGCCGUAGACAAACUGGGUAAAGAGGACAAGUGUGAUGACAUGGCAUCCAAAAAGGAGCGCAUAAGAAAUAAGGAUCGUCCAGCCAUGCAGUUAUACCAGCCAGGAGCUCGCAUUCGAACACAUACGGGAUCUACAAGUAAGAUCUAUGACUGCAGUGGGAAGUCCUGUGAAGAUGCCUGCGAUAGAAAGUAUGAGGUAGAUAAUUCAACUGGAGGUGGUUCUGAGAAGAGUGAAGAGGCAGAAUGAAACGUCAGGGGUAGAAAACUUGUGAAAAAAAUUAAUUUAAGAUUUAAUUUCUGCACAAAAUAUAUCAGGCCACUUCAGAAUUCCACAGAUUGGACCAACAAAACUAUAAUACAUCUGCCUCUUUCUUUCUUUCUUUAAAAUGAAAAUGGUGAUCGGAGGCAGAUAAAAUAUCACAUAAAGGAAAUUCAGUUGCUUUUUUACAAAAACAGAAGCAAGCAGUGUUUGACUAGUUUAGUAGUGGUUCAGUAUUUUCGUAAAUUUACCUUUAGCUAGAAAACCUCUAUUAGUUUUAAGCUAGUAUUUAUAUAAAACUUGUUAGAAAAUAUUUCACUUAGUCUAGCCUGUUAAAUUGAUAGAAAUAAAGAAAUGUAUAUUUGCAUCAGUUUGAUAUCUCAGGCACUUUAAAUGUGUUCUGUGAAUGGCAUUAACUACAUAGGACCCAAUCCUGCAAACACCAGGAUUUUGUUGCCAGUAGUGUUUACAGGAUCAGGCCCAUAGUUUGCAAAUGUUUAUUGAUAUCCGUACCUCAUUGUGUUUACAUUGUUUUUCAAUUUAACUAUAGUGUCAGGUAAGUGUGAGUAAAAGCUACUAUAUGUUGUUAUAAAAUUGGUCAUUCUCUUAACCACUUUUGCCUUUUAUGUUCUAAUAUAUUCCUGUGUUUAAAACAGAAAAAGCUAAUGCAAACCUCAGCACUUAAAUACUGUAUCUGGUUUAACUAAAAUUGCAGUUUUUGUUUGUUUGUUUGUUUGUUUGUUUGUUUUGGUACUGACUUUUAAAAAAGUGAUUGUACAGUGAUGACUUUUUAUAUGUUAAAUGUUUCACAUAAGUUGCAUUUGCAGGAUUUGGAACAUGUAUGAUAUAUAUGUUAUAAAAUACAAUUUGUUUGAAAAAAACACACACACAGCAGCUCCAACAUUUCAUUUUGGAGACCUAGGCCAAAUUCCACCCUCUGAUGCAUGCGUAUGGCUCCCAAUAUCUUCAGAGACAGCUACAUGUCCAUGUAAGGGCAAAAUAUGGCUCUUUGAUAGUUGUCUUUUACGACUGAUGCACUUUUCAGUUAUCUGAAACUAAGAUCUGCUUUGUCAGUGAAGUUAAAUAUUAAGAUGUUUGUUUAUUUUUGACAUUCUACUUUGAACAGUUUGUUAUUAAGUGUAACAUCUGAUUGUUCUAAACUCAAAAAAAAAUUUGUUGUAUUUUCCCAGACAUUAAACAUUAAAUAUAAUAAAAAGUAAAAACAUUUUGAUUAUGAA